UUUAGGAUUUCUCAAUUUCUCAACUAAGAAACCAUAUUCCCAAUUUUCCAUCCCCAAACCCUGCGAAUUUUCGAACAACAUCGCUCAAGAGUGAAGACUCUCCGGCGGUCGCCAUUGCAGCACCUGCGUUCCUGACCGAAGCGCCUUCUCCUCCGCGUCGCCGGCAGAUUGUCACCGCCGAGAUACGAUGGGUGGCAGUAGUAGAAAAGGUAAAAAACGAAGAGCAGAUGACUCUGACACCGACUCCUCUGACUCUGACAACCACCGUAGAAGUAGUCGGUCACGGCGGGACGCAGAUGAUGCCAGUAGGAAGAAGAAGUCAUCGAGGGAUGUCACGGAAGAAGAAAUAACACAGUACUUGUCCAAAAAGGCCCAGAAAAAGGCAAUGAAAGUCGCUAAAAAAAUCAAGACCACUACGGUGUCGGGUUACUCCAAUGACUCAAAUCCAUUUGGUGACUCUAAUCUCAAUGAGAAGUUUGUUUGGCGCAAGAAGAUUGAGCGUGAUGUUUCUCAAGGUGUGCCUCUUGAUGCGUUUUCUAUGAAAGCAGAGAAAGAGAGACAAAGAGAUAGGAUGGCGGAAAUUGAAAAAGUGAAAAAGAGAAGAGAAGAAAGGGCACUUGAGAAAGCACAACAUGAGGAAGAAAUGGCAUUGCUAGCCAGAGAACGUGCUCGAGCUGAGUUCCAAGACUGGGAGAAAAAGGAAGAGGAGUUUCAUUUUGAUCAAAGCAAAGUUAGGUCAGAGAUUAGAUUGCGUGAAGGGCGUGCGAGGCCAAUCGAUGUCCUAACCAAGCACCUCAAUGGCUCUGAUGAUUUGGAUAUAGAAAUCAAUGAACCAUAUAUGGUCUUCAAGGGUUUGACUGUGAAAGAAAUGAAUGAGCUUCGUGAUGACAUCAAAAUGCAUCUGGAUCUUGACAGGGCAACACCGACCCAUGUAAAAUAUUGGGAGGCUCUCCUUGUGGUGUGUGAUUGGGAGCUAGGUGAAGCUCGAAAAAAAGAUGCACUUGAUCGAGCUAAGGUGCGUGGUGAAGAACCUCCUGCUGAGCUGCUUGCUGAAGAAAGGGGUCUGCAUUCCAGUGUUGAGCCAGAUGUGAAGAGGCUUUUGCAGGGGAAGACACUUGCAGAGUUGGAGGCCUUACAGCUUCAUAUUGAGUCAGAGAUGCGUACUGGUACAGCAAAGGUGGUUGAGUACUGGGAAGCCAUUUUAAAAUAUCUCGACAUAUACAAGGCCAAGGCUUGUUUAAAAGAAAUUCAUGCUAAAAUGUUGCGUAAGCAUUUGGAACGCCUUGAGCAGCCAUCAGAGGAUGAAGAUAAGUUGGAGAAUGCUCUUGUUCCAAUACCUGAGGAGGGAGAUGCUGAGGAUGAUGUUGAAGUCCGAUCUGCAGAUGAAUCGUUUUCACCAGAGCCCAUUAGAGAGAAUCAAGAAGCUGAAGAUGAGGCUGGAUCAUUUUCACCCGAACUGUUGCAUGGUGAUGAUAAUGAAGAAGCUAUUGACCCUGAAGAGGACAGGGCUAUACUGGAGCGGAAACGUUUGGUUGUACUAGAAGAGCAGCAAAGACGAAUUCGGGAAACAAUGGCAUCAAAACCAGCUCCAUCUGAAGAUCAUUUUGAGAUGAAGGCUAUAAAAGCUAUGGGAGCUAUGGAAGAUGGAGAUGCAGUGUUUGGAUCUGGUGCUGAAGUUAACCUCGAUUCACAGGUCUAUUGGUGGCAUGACAAAUACAGGCCUAGGAAGCCGAAGUACUUCAACCGUGUUCACACUGGAUAUGAGUGGAACAAAUAUAAUCAGACUCACUAUGACCAUGACAACCCACCCCCAAAGAUUGUGCAAGGUUACAAAUUCAACAUUUUUUAUCCUGAUCUUGUUGAUAAGAUAAAAGCCCCAACCUACUCCAUUGACAAGGAUGGCAGCAAUGGAGAGACUUGCAUCAUAAGAUUCCAUGCAGGGCCACCAUAUGAGGACAUAGCUUUCCGCAUUGUUAACAAGGAAUGGGAGUAUUCUCAUAAGAAAGGUUUUAAGUGCACAUUUGAACGUGGCAUUCUGCACGUCUACUUCAAUUUCAAACGCCACCGCUACCGCCGAUAGUUUCAUAUCAGGCAAUGUAUGUGCUUAUUUGACCAUUAUAGAAAUGUUUGUGCUUAUUCAAGUUCAGAUCCUUCAGACGUCUAUAUGAAAGGAGGUGCAAUUGAGCAUGGGAUAUAUAGCAGUUCAGCUCCAUUCAUACUCUUAAUUUUCUUUGUCUUGUGAGUUCAAUUGUGCUAAUCUUAGGGAGCAAAUCAAGUUGACAGAUUGCACUUAGCUCUACCGGAAUUUUACUUGGUAGCUCAUAAUUAAACUGCAAGUGGAUUGAGUAAAUUUAGCUUCUCCGAAGUGAAAGUUCAAAUUUUGACGGUAGAGUAAAUACCACACUAAUUUUUAGUGAUUGUAAUCAUAUACUUGCACAUAUGUAGUAAAGUAUGUUUUUAGAUCUCAA